CUCGCGCUCUCAGGAGGCGGUGCUGUGCUGUGGUGCGGACCUCGGGGCGGCGUUGUCCGCGCGGCCAGGCACCUGGAAGGGUGAAGGCAAGAAGCAGAUGACGACGCUGAACACAGGCUCUGCAAGAAUCUCCAUAAUGAAUGGAUCCAGUGUGGCAAGUACAUCACCCAGUGUGAAAUGCAAAGAAGACCAAGGGUUAAAUGGACACGAGGAAAAGGAAAACCCAUUUGCAGAAUACAUGUGGAUGGAAAAUGAAGAGGAUUUCAACAGACAGGUGGAGGAAGAGCUGCAGGAGCAAGACUUCUUGGACCGCUGCUUCCAGGAGAUGCUGGAUGAAGAGGACCAGGACUGGUUCAUCCCAGCACGAGACCUGCCUCAGGCUGUGGGACACUUACAGCAGCAGUUAAAUGGACUAUCAGUUGGUGACAGUCAUGAAUCUGAAGACAUUUUGAGCAAAAGUAACCUGAAUCCAGAUGCCAAGGAGUUUAUUCCAGGAGUGAAGUACUGAGCUGUUGGAAGCUUCCAGAAGGACUUGUCUUAUCCCCGUCCCUGGGGCCAGCAAUGCACAAAAAGCCGGAGCUGAAGGGGGGUGGCAAGGGUGUGCAGCCA